AUUUGCAACCGGGAUGGUGUGUGUCAGUCGAAAAGUCAUUUUUACGUGAAAAUUUAUGAUGUAGGUUUUAGUGAAAAUAUUUAUUUAUUCCCAGCACCAACAGCAUCUAGAUGGAAUAUGUCGUCGGAAAGGAUCGAAUGGGUCGAGAUCAUAGAGCCGCGUACAAAGGAGCACAUGUACGCAAAUCUCACGACUGGAGAAUGCGUCUGGGAUCCACCUGAGGGUGUCAAUAUAAAACGAACAAAUGACUCUCAGUGGUGGGAGCUCUUUGAUACCAACACCCAUCGCUUCUACUACUACAAUGUGGCUUCGCAGACUACUGUUUGGCACCGACCGGUGGAUUGUGACAUCAUCCCACUGGCAAAGUUGCAGACCCUAAAGCAGAAUACGGAGAGGAAGGAUGAAUCCACGCAGACAUCCCACGGGAAGGUGAAUAGCAGUGCUAUCAUCUCCAAGCUUUUCCGCAAUGAGCCCCGUGUGGACAUAAAGGCGGCUUCAUCGAAGGAACGUGGACCUCAAGAGUCCCGAAGUGUUGAGUUGCUGGCAAGUCCUCAGGGACGCCAUAGCUUCAGGCCUAGCUCGACAGAUUCACCAGGAGGCCGUCAUGAUACUCACAAGUAUUGUCGGCACACGGGAGGAUCCACUUCCCCCCGUAACAAUAGCCAGAGACAUGAUUCCGGUAAAUCUAGUGAUUCUAGUCUCUCCAGUGCUCAUGGGUACAGGCGCCUACAGGAUGGUGGAAGCCUGCGGAUUGGGCAGCAGCAGCAGCAUGGAGGACGCAGAAAGCAACACAGUGCUGAGAAUUGCUACAGGAUGCUCCAGGAGAGCAACAGUUCGCACAACAUUCCCCAUGUGGCGAUGGGUGGUGGCGACACAAAACCAUCGUCGCAGUAUCCGAAGCAGAAGAUGCCCUAUUCCCUUUCCAAUUCAUCAGAUUUGGCCGGAAGUGCUUCCCCAGCCCAUUCCACGAGCACACCCCAGCUCAAGAAGAAGCUCACUGGAGACUUUGCUCGCACAUCCACUGAAGCUACCAAGCAUCAGAGUUUCGACUUUGCCGGAAAAGAAGAUCCUCCGAUUGUUUCCCUGACGCGCUCCGGGAGUUUCAUGUCGUCACCGCGUCAGCAACAUCAGUCGCGAACGGUGACAACGCCAGGCAAUGAAGGAAAUGGAGGUGGUAGUGAUGAUUCUAUGCAUGAGAAAUAUUUUAAAUCUGUUGAAAACACACCAGUGACCCGGCGUCGUCACACGACAUCAGCCAAGGGAGCCGCCAUUGCGUCUGGAUCAUCGGGUGGUGGAGGAAGUGGAGGCAAUGAUGCCAGAGCUAGCGGAAGUGGAACAUCGUCGAAGAUGGUGGCAGCUAGUGGUGGAACGGGCGGAUCGAGUGAUUCAAGUCCACAGAGUCCCAUAAGUCCACAGAAUCAUGCAACGAAGCCAGCUAGACCGUCACUCUUGAGCAGUGUCUCCAUUGCCAUAGAUACCCCAAGCUCCUAUAUUUCUAGUCACAAGAAUGAUCCGGAACUCCUGAAUCUGGAUUUACCCACAAAACCCGAAAGAUAUUUGGACAAGAUGAAACUCGACAAGGGUAAAGUGUCACCGGGAAGUGUGUCAAAUAGUUCAGGCUUGUCGAUACAGCAAAUAAAUAAUUUGAUGAAGCCACUGGCUAAUAAGUACAGUGGCGGUGUGACAUCUAGUCAAUGCCAAACUUCGCUGAGGCAACAGCAUGCAUCGUCAUUCAGCAAUACACCAAAGGAGCACAAGGAGGAGACAUCACCGGCAGUGAUUCCCUAUCUCAGUAAGCCAAAUCUCGAGAGGCACAAUAAGGAGAUGCAGCAGCAGAAGCAUAGCACUGAGAGAGCUACGUCCACGGGAAGACGCACACGGCGUCGGCAGCAGUAUAUGAUGGGAACGAUGACCAGCGAUGCUGAAUACGACAAUGGAAACAUUUCGCCACUGUACAGCAAUUGGGAUCAGGAGAUGCAGGAACAUCUUCUGCCCCUGCAGCACUACAUCAUUGAGCAGGCCAAGUUGUCCGGAUGCUAUCGACUUGGUGAUCCCUUGGAUUCGGAUUCACUUCACUCAGAUAGUCAGUCUGAACAUUCCUUCUCUGGUCAUGAGCCUGACAACGAGGAUUCAGACCAUUCGGAUGGCCGCGGAGACUACUUGACGCAUCACUGCGUCACCGGCGAAGACUAUGGGAUGUCAAGGGGCGGAGGAGGUGGUGCUGGACAUACCUCCUAUUACAACAUCGGGCUGAACUUUGACAAAGAAAAGGAAGACAUAUCUUCCGAGGUGGAAGCAAAACUGGAAAGUGCCCGGGAUGAGCCACAGAUUUACAGUCCAGUGAGAAAUCAUCCAAUCUUCCCACUGGGAGGUGGUUCAGGAAUGCCACAUCAUCAUCAUCAUGGAAAGAUGGCUGGCAUGCAGAAGCAGCAAUCAAUGCCUUCAGCUGGCUUCCAUCAUCAACAAUCAAUUGACAGGCACGUGGCAUUGCACGGACUGUCCAAAGUUCUUCCACCUUCUGGUCCUGGUGGUGCUCCUCAAUUGGCAAUUAUGAAGGAGUGUGAUAUUGAGAAAUUUGCCCAGGACAAUCUCAAUCUUCACUCCAAAGGAAUCUUUAGGAAGAAGUCAUCUGUGAGGGAUAUGCUGAGUUGGACCGGAAAUGCCAUAAGUCGACCAAUGUUGGCAGUUUCGAGGGACAAGGCGGGCAAAAAGAUGGCUACAGAACUGUUCAAGCUGGUGCAAAUUUACAUGGGAGACCGCAAAGCGAGGCAGGGCAUGAGUUUAAAUUCUGUGGUCAUUGACAUAAUUUCUCUGGCGGUACAGCAACCACCACUUCGGGAUGAACUGUAUGUGCAAUUGUGUCGUCAAACAACAGAGAAUCCUUCCAGAGAAUCUCUAAUAAGAGGGUGGGAAUUGAUGGCAAUUUGUCUAUCAUUUCUUCCGCCUUCACCCACUUUUCAACCAGCUCUACUUAAUUACAUGAAUCGACAUCGAGAUCCUACUUUUGCUACGAGCUUCCCAGAGGUUGGAAAGUGGCCGAUUCAUGUGCAAAUAUCACACUAUGCCACAAUUGCGUGCCGAAGAUUAGAUAGAAUUGGGAGUUCGGGGAAGAAACAGGCCAAAAAACCAUCUGAAGAUGAAGUUAAUCAAGCGAGAGAUCAAAUCUUCAGAGAUAGUAUGUUUGGCAAUACGCUGCAAGAAGUGAUGGAGUUGCAGAAGGAGAGAUUCCCGGAUCGGCAAUUGCCAUGGGUCCAGGUGACACUCUCUGAGCAGGUGCUCUUAAUGGGUGGAAAGCAAACUGAGGGAAUCUUUCGUGUUCCUGCUGAUGUUGAUGAGGUGAUGUACUUAAAAAAUCGCCUGGAUCGAUGGGAGAUACCUGAGUACAAACCAUCUAUGGAUGCACAUUCACCUGCCAGUCUUCUAAAGCUCUGGUAUCGUGAACUCUAUGAUCCUCUAAUCCCAGACGAAUUGUACGAGAAGUGUGUUCAGACAGAGGAUCCCGAGGAAGCAGCCACUAUUGUCAACAAAUUACCACGAAUCAACAGAAUGGUUCUUACCUAUUUGAUUCACUUCCUGCAACAAUUUGCUCAACCCGAUGUUGUGGCCAACACAAAGAUGGACUCAUCGAAUUUGGCAAUGGUUUUUGCGCCAAAUUGCCUGAGGUGCACAUCACAAGAUCCCAAAGUAAUUCUCGAGAAUGCCAGGAAGGAAAUGGCUUUCCUGCGCACUCUCAUCAUCAAUAUGGACACAUCGAGUGUGGCGUAUCUCAAAUGAAAGUCAACCUCAUCCCCAGUGUUUUUGCCGAAGGACAUGUUAGCGUGUUAACAAAGGUAAGAAUUUCUUCUUGCAAUCUCCUCAGAGUUACUUUUCCACCCUCUCAUGUUCAGCUGAUGAUAAAAAAAACAAGUAAAUCCAACAACUUUCUCUAUAUUAGUGCAGGUAGAACAAGCGUGCUAAUUGAAUUUUUGAAAUAUCCUUGCUCCAACUUUAAAAAAAAAAAAGAAUACAAACAAAAAGUCUUGUCUUUUGAACGUUACACAAUCACAUUGAAAUGUGGAUUUAUUGAAGAAAGUAUUAAAAAAAAUUACCAAUAGGGAGAUGAAUGAUGAAAUUUGAAAAUUAAAAGUUUUAAAAUUUGACGAUAAGACAUUUUAUCAAGAGGAAAGCAAAACCUAUCAAAAUAUGCUCGUUUUUAGUGGCUGCAUUUCUUUGAACCUAAACAAAAAAAAAUAAAAUUUAAAAAGGAACAUAUUUAAUUGAUGAAUGCAACAAUUAUUUUAAAAACUUUUAAUCUGUAUUAGAGAGAUUGAAGAAAAAAAAACAGACACAAUAAUUAAUUACCAAGUAAAUUGCUAGAGUGUUCCAAAAGUUUUUUGAAUUAUUAAAUGAUGAAACAAGUUAAAAAAAAAGAAAACAAAGAAUCAAAUGACAGCCACUUUUGUGUGGAGCAGAAUUUAGAAGCAAGUGGAGUAAAUAGAGAUAAAAAAAAAAUAUUUUUGCAAUAAUACCUUUAAAAAGAAUGAUUAAUGAAAGCCAUUAUUGAAGAAUACUGCAUUGUAAUAUUUAUUGUAAUCAAAUAUUGAAUCUCUCCAAAGUGUUUUAGUGAACAAAAGAAAAGAGAAUAAUGAAGAAAAAUUCCAAAUGAAGGAUUCCUGAAAUAUUUCCAAAACUUUCCACCUUUUUUUUAAGUGAAUCUCAUUUUUUUAAAAGUAAUUUUUUUCUCGAAUAAAAACAACUUACAUUUCUUGUUAUUUCUCUCAAUUUUAUUUUAUUUUUUUUUGCAUUUCAAAAGACUUAAAUGUUAUUCAUUGUUUGUCACAAUAAGAGAACAAUAUUAUCUUUUGUUUUUUUUUUAAGUAUCCCUUUUUUAUUUUUUUUAUACACAUUUAUUUAUCAGUGAAAAACUAAAUAUUAUUGACUUAAAGGUUUUCUUGAUAGAUAAUUUUCAAUGUACUUGAUUUUUAUAAAUGAACUAUUGCAUAAACUUAAAAAAAAAAACGAAACAUGCAGAGAUGAAGAGAAGGUAGUGUAGAAAAAGACUUAAAGAAGCAACAAUAUUAGUAAGUUCAUGAAGAUAUUUAAAGAAAAAAAACAAGAAAGAAAAAAUAAAUUACAAUGAAAAAUUAGA